AAUCUACUCAGUGUGGAGUAUUUAACUGUUUAACUGUGUGAUAAAUCCGACACUUCAAAGCCAGAUUGUAAGUGUGCGUAGGUAAAUUACUGUCAACGGAUAUUCAAUAUUAGUUUUGAAUCUAGUCAGGUUUAAAACAAUUUAGGCUUGUUAUUUCAUUUUCUGUAAUAUUCAAAACAAAAUGGUAUUGAAAAGGAAAAAUUCCGCGUUGUUCAUGUGUUAAAUGUCAUUUAUUUCCGAAUGACACAAUGUUUAAGAAAUAAUAAUUUUAAAAUCACAGACAUUUAUUGGAAAAAUAUAUCGCGUAAACAGGAAUUUCCUAUCUUAAACUUACUUAAACUUAGCGGUAGAUGACAGACAUUUCUUUGAAAAUUUUAUUUCAUCUUAUGUGAUUGUACUCUCUUAACAAUUGAAAUGUGUAAUAGUGAAAAUAAAAUAAAAUUGUGAUUCAAAGAAAUCGGUUAUUAUUCGCUACCUUUUAGUAUUUGUAGCAGAGUGCUAAAUGCUAGCGUAUAUUAUUUCUAAACUGUUAGAGAACAGGAAAUGAAUGAGACAAAAAUGACAAAUAUUACGAUAAAUGGCUGUACCCAGAAGUUGACAAACAAUUCAUACAAUGUCAACUCCUCGGAUUUAUACAUGGAAGAAUGUUUGGGUCUUAUAUGUAUCCCUGUAGUGGAAUGCACGAAAUAUAUAGAAGAACAUGUGACUCCAGGUGCUACCGAAUGGGUCAUAAUUUCGAUAUACAGUGUAAUUUUUCUUGUUGGAUUAAUUGGCAAUGGAUUGGUCUGUUUUGUUGUCAUAAGGGUGUCCCAUAUGAGAACAAUUGUGAAUAUAUUCAUCGUCAAUUUAGCAGUUGCCGACUUUCUGGUACUUCUGAUUUGCAUGCCACCGUCGGUGCUGACAGAUACGACGGAAUCUUGGUAUUUAGGUGACAUAAUGUGUAAAGUGGUGCCUUUUCUACAGACGGUUUCUGUGGCAGUGUCAGUUCUGACGUUAGGCGCUAUUGCUGUUGAACGUUACUUUGCGAUCUGCCAUCCGUUGCGCCGACGCCUCAAUUCAUUGACUGUCACCAUAGUUAUUGUUGUCAUAUGGAUAACUGCUAUUUGCGUGUCACUUCCGGAACUAAUUUACCAAACACUUAACCGCUGGUAUCCAGAGUAUGUUACGGACUAUUUGCAGUACUGUCAACAGAGUUUGUCAAAGGAAAAGCAGAAAUAUUACCAAAUUUUUCUAAUGAUUGGUCUAUACGAUGUACCGAUGUGUCUUAUCUUCUUUGCUUACUCAACAAUAGCACUGCGGCUCUGGAAGGACACGUUUUCAACGGAACACACCAAUGGUCGUCUGAAUGCUGGUAGGAGACCACAGUUCUCGGCUUCUAGACCAGAAAGUCAAUUAAAUGCUCGUAGGAAAGCCGCUAAGAUGUUAAUGACCAUAGUUGUCCUGUUCGGAACCUGUUAUCUGCCUAUUCACAUCUUUCAAAUUUUAAGAUACAAUGGGGAUCUGUAUGAAUGGGAUGACGCUGUGGUAACAACGUAUGCUCUUAUUGCCCGUGGACUUUGCUACUUAAAUAGUGCGCUCAAUCCCAUAAUAUACAAUUUCAUGAGCGCUAAAUUCCGUCAGGAGUUUCGAGCAGCAUUUAGUAGAUGUCACGCACCGUUUCAAGAUCCAGUGAAAGCACCGGUUAACGUGUAUAAUUUUCGCAUUACACGCACUAAUGGACAAACAAGAUCAGAGCGAUAUUCUAUGAACACGUAUUCAACAAGACAAAAUUGGAAUGUAAACAAUACAGGAAGCUCAAAACGAUCGCAGUUUUAAAAUGCGUUGUAUUAUACUUAAUUAGUAUAGGCUGUCUUUUCCAUACUGUAAUUUCAUAAGCACGAUAUUUUGUUUUAGUGUUCAUGUAUUAUGUAAAACACACAUAACGCACGGAAAGGUUUUAUGUUAAAGGUGUGUGUUAAAGGUAGGGUUUACAUUUGCAUGAACAUUGGAAAGAAUAAGUUAAUACUUAUAUUUGCAGUAAAGAUGCUUCCGCUUUAAUAUGUAACGUUCAAUGAUUAACUCUGCGCAUCAACAAAUUCGAAAAAAAUUAACGACUUGUACGAAAAAUCUACAUGGGUACUGUAACCCGUGACCAAUAAAAUUAGAAAUUAUACCGAGGGAUAUAUUUUCUAUAUUCACUAACUGCCCGUAUUCGCAAAUAAAAUAUUCAUGAACGUUGUUUAUAAUAGAUAGCAUUGCAUUAUAUUAUUCUUCAGGUGGUGGCUAAAUAUAUCACGUAUACUCUACCUCGCAAAUCAGUUCUAGAUUUAAGUUUUAAAUAUGUCGAACUUACAGCUUUGUGAAAAAUCUAAGUGUACAGUAUUUCCUGGAAUGUUCUGUAGUUCAACAUUUUACUGAUACCAGCCAAAAGAUGAAUAUUGAUUUCAGAUUAAAAAUAUUUGUUUUGUUCAUUUCGCAGUAUUAAUCACAGAAUUAUCGCAUCAUUCAGAAUUAAACAUGGUCUGCUUCAAGCUUAAGCAUUUGCUAAAACACGAGCAGUUGUAAAAUAGUUUAAGUGUGGCAUGUAUAUAUCGCCAUGAGCUUGUAAUACUCCUUUGAAAAUAAAUGAUAAAGAGUAACAAAUGUACCAGGUAACUGUAUCAUUUCAAAACUAGUUGAAAAUAAUUAUAUAUUUGCUUUACAGUUAAAAGACUGAAUGCGUUUUUAUUACUAAAUACGCAGUUUGGCUGAUAUUUUCAUAUUUGUGAGUAUCGACUGAUAUAUAUAAUUUGGAAAAUAUGUGCAUACUUGUAUGCUAUCCUUUGUAUUGUUCACUCUACAUGUCAUUAGCACUAAAUAAACAUUUUAAUUUAAAUAGUAGUAUGUUAUCAUUACUAAUGUAUGUACUGAUAUAUUUUAUAUAUUUAAAUAGAAUAAAAAGGUAUAUUGUUUGAGAAAUAAUUGAAGUAAGAUGGGGAAUAUACACAUUCAGUCUAUACAGGCUAGUAUGGGAUACUGAUCAUUGUUGUGUAUCUUCAUAGCAUCGUAUUGCAUUAAGAAAAGUUAUAUUGCAUUAAGCAUGGUAAUAUGUACAUGUAUUUGCAUUGCGUAUGAUUUAAACUACAAAUAAUUCCAAUUCCUUUUUCAAUUUCUUGUCGUAAAGGUUCCUUUUGCUUCUCUAAAGAUAACGACGUGUGUAAGCAUGUUCCAUAUGACAUGUAAAACGACUGUCUAUAGUUUACUUAAAAGGCUUGUUAUGUAUCAAAAAGACAUAAUGGCACAUAUGUUUUGUAUGUAUUAUUUUGAGCUAGCUUUCCCACUUGUAAUGAAAUCCAUUUCACUAGUUGGCGUCUCGUAUACUGUAUUAAAUAUACUUAUUUGUAAUAUGAUUUUUGUCAUUUCAGAAUAUAACGUCUACAAUUUGUCUUACACUUUGUUGGUCUGCAUGUAAAAUUACCUGCACAUUGCUAUAGUUUCAUGCACUGCAAAUCAUAUUUGGUGAAAACUUUAACUUCUGUUUUUAUUUCUCGAGGACGUAUAUUCGUUAUGUGGAAACAAUGUUAUAGACUUAUAUACAUACAUUUUUUCUAAUGUUAAGCUGUUAUUUAUUUAUAGUCAAUGUAUUAAUACUACUUUUAUUCACUGACUUGUUUGCCUGCCUGGAGAUAUAUGACUUCGACUAUCCCAAGAUAUGUUUGGAUUGCUUAUAUUUUAUUAAAAAUAUAUUAGUGUGUAUUGCAUGUUUACAUUAAACUCUGAUGUGCUCGUCAUGUCUUUGUAAACUGUGAAUAUUUGUUAUGACUGUAUGUAGUGUUAGUAAGUGGGAACAUAGUGCUGUUGGAAG